AUGAUCUUUUUCGAGACAUCGAAGCUCAAUUCUAAGUAUCUCAGAUCCCCAACGACAAAUGCACACUACACGGCCGAUGCACGUCGAACAUGGAUCCAACGCAAAUGCGAAACACCGUUCAAAGACAUUGUGCUUGUGGGCCUUCCCCGGCCUACUGAAGCUCUUGUAGCUAUCAGUCGAGUAAAGCCCGAGGAUGAAGUGGAACAAACUUUCACGCGCGAAGGAUGGCAAUGCGACGAAACUAAUCAUACCUGA